AGAAUGUGUCAAUGUCAUUCAAUCAGACAUAUAUUUUACCAAAAUAAUAUUUAUAAGUUGAAACGAAGAUAUUUUUUUUAACUUUAUAAUGUCUGAUAAAAAGGAAUCAAAUGAAGAAAAGAAACCUAUAGUAAUAAAGAAUGCUACGGACUUGCAAAGAUUGAAACUCGAAAAGCUUAUGAAGAAUCCAGACAAACCAGUGGUUAUACCAGACCCACCUAGACAAAAAACGUUAGCACCUCCCCCUGAUUUUGUGCGUAAUGUUAUGGGAUCGAGUGCAGGAGCAGGAUCUGGAGAGUUCCAUGUAUACAGACAUUUAAGACGAAAGGAAUAUGCUAGACAAAAGUUUAUACAGGAAAAAAGUGAAAAGGAAAAACUUGAUGAUGAAUACCAUAGGAAAAUUGAAGAAAAUAGGAAAGCUGCAGAAGAAAAAACAGCAAAGAAAAGGGCAAAAAGAUUAAAGAAAAAACAAAAAGCAAAGUCCAAAAUGAAGAAACCAAAGACUGGUACAGAACAGUCCUCACAGUCAGAGUCUGAUAAAAAUUCUGAUGAAAGUGAAUCAGAGAACAAUGAAAAUAAAAGUAGUGAUAAUGAUAAAUGUUAACAUAGGUUAAUAGAAC